UCUGCUGCGCUGUCUGUUCACUGCGAGAGGAGCGUCGGUGUUCACUCAGAGGAGGGAUGCUCACCUGUCGGAUGGACUUCCUGCUGCUGCCAAACAAACACAAACCCAGCCCGGACACGUGAGGGACACUUUGACAUCGAUACACACCUGCUGCACGUAGGUAUGGGUACCCUUCGGGACCUGCAGUUUGCCCUGCAGCUAAAGAUUGAGGAGCUCCGUCAGCGAGACACGCUUAUAGAUGAGUUGGAACUCGAGUUAGACACCAAGGACGAACUCAUCCGCAGACUGCAGGAAGAACUGGACCGGUACCGAUCCGCCCUGUCCCUCCCAGGACCCUCCACGGUCUCUGCAGCUGCUGCGGCUCAAAUUGAGGAGAGGCAGCGAGUUAAAAAGCAGACAGUGUUUUCGGAGCUCUUCACUUCAGACCCUGUGACUCUCACAACGGCUUCGCACCGAAGCUGUGACAAAAGCCAGGAAUCCCGAAGGCUGAUCCAGGCGGCGUUUCGGAAAAACGACUUGCUGAGGAACCUUGCGGAAGGAGAAAUCCGAGCCAUCACGGCCUGCAUGUAUCGCACCAGCGUCAGUCAAGGCUGCGUCGUCAUUCAGGAAGGGGCCACUGGGGAUCAGGCGUUUGUUUUAGAAGAAGGAAGGCUGGAUGUCACAAAAGACGAACAGAAGCUGCUCACUCUGGAGCCAGAGGACGUGUUCGGAGAGCUGGCACUCCUCUACAACUGCACCCACACCUGUUCAGUGUCCGCUCAAACGGACAGCAGCCUGUGGGUUAUUGACCGCAAAAUAUACCAGACCGUGCUCACACAAUGCAGACUCAACCACCUUUCUUAUUCAGUGGAGCUGCUGAGAGGGCUUCCCUUCCUGCAGUCGUUCUCAGAGGAUGCCAUCGUGAGAAUGUCUGAUCACAUGAAGGAGACUAAUUACACAGACGGCGACUUCAUCAUUCACCAAGGAGCCACAGGCGACACCUUUUAUAUCAUCAGCAAAGGCAAGGUGACCAUGACAGAAAGGAAGCUGGGGCAUCAAGAGGAGACGGUCCUAACUGAGCUCUCUGAGAGACAGUGGUUCGGAGAAAAAGCUCUUUGGGGAGAAGACACUCAGACUGUGAGUGUGAGGGCUGCUGGAGAAGUGACGUGCCUGGUUAUAGACAGAGAGACCUUUAAAAAUGUUAUGGAUGAGUCUGUAUCCGACAGCCAUCAAGAGGUGCAGAAGAUCAGUGAAUCCACAUUUGAGCUAACAGAGGACGCCCACUUGGUAUCUUCCACCUUAAGUGAUUUCCAGAUUCUCCGCACUCUAGGAGUUGGGGAGUUCGGUCACGUAGACCUGGUGCAGCUAAAGAGCAGCACCAAGCAUGUUUUUGCCAUGAGGGUCCUUAAGAAGAAACUGAUAGCCAGCAGCGGUCGACGCGAACACGUUCUGAGAGAACACAGCAUCCUGAUGGAGACCCGUUGUCCAUUCAUCAUCAGGUUACAGAAAACCUUUAGGGACGCUGAGCAUCUGUACUUUUUAGCAGAAGCUUGUCUGGGUGGGGAUUUAUCUCGUCUGCUCAAAGACAAAGGAUGCUUGGAGGAGUGCAGCAGCAGAUUUUACACAGCUUGUGUUGUCGAGGCGUUGACUUUUCUUCACCACCGAGGCGUCGUCCACAGAGACGUGCGGCCCGAGAAUGUUGUUCUGGACGAGCGUGGUUACGCUAAACUGAUGGGCUCCAGAUGCAUGAAGAGGGUCGAGACAGGUAAGAGAACCUGGACGUUCUGCGGGACGCCGGGCUACGUGGCUCCUGAAGUCAUCUUGAACCAAGGCCACGGUGCUUUGGCAGAUCUUUGGUCCCUGGGUGUUUUUGUGUUUGAGCUUCUGAGUGGUGGACUCCCUUUCGACGGCUCUGAUCCGUUGAAGAUCCUCACUGCAGCCGUUCAUGGCGUAGACCGCAUCGAUUUCCCUAAAAUCAUCAGCAGAGAUGGCUGCGAUCUCAUAAAGAAACUGUGCAGGAGCAAUCCCGUGGAGAGACUGGGAAGUAGGAAAAACGGGGCCAAGGACAUUCAGAAGCACAAAUGGUUCGAGGGAUUCCACUGGGACGCCCUUUGUAAAAGAGCACUGACGCCCCCGCUUAUUCCCAAACUUCAGCAUCCUCUAGAAAGCACCACGUGUGCUCGGUACCUGGAGACGUCAGAGGAGCAGAGCUCAAACUGGGAGGGUUUUUGAUCAACAUCUAUAAAAUGAGCA